CGCGCGUCGCACGCGCCUGCCGUCCAUGCCGUCGCCACUUCAGUUGUUUCGUAGCGAGCAGUGCGCCUGCGCGUAUGCGUGGCCCAAUUUUGUGCAAAUGGUGAACUCGUAAAGUAGAAUAUAGAUAGUACUUCAUGUACAUUUUCAAUACAAAUCAAUAAAAAUGUCUAAUCGUCGAGAAAAUAGUAUAAAACUGAGGAAGAACGAUCACCUCUUGAAGAAUUUGCCAAGUGAAGUGUUAUUGAAAGCCCGCAGUACCUUGGUUUCUCUCAGCGGUGCGCUGAAACCAAAACAUGAGCAACAACAACGGCCAAAGCUUACGAAACAGGAAUCCAAAGAUAGGACUCACGAAAGAUUAAAGAACAGUCAAUCGGAACCAGAAUUUAGUGAUCUAAGAAAGAACAAACAUAGAAGUCGUAUUGAUAAUUCCAGUCGAGAUUAUAUUGUAGAAACAAGACCCAGACCGCUAUCUGUUGGAGCCACAAAACGAUACGAGAUAGAACCUGAUGAUUUCCGUAACGAUAGUUUUCCAAAGGAGCUUUCGCCUUUGCGUCAAAGACAGUACGAAUCAUCGGAAGAAAUAUGUACAGUACAAUCGCGGCUAAUCAUACCGGUAAACGACAGGCUUGGUAGUCAAGAUAUCCAGGUGCAUGACUCUUCUGACAGACCUCGGAAAAAGUUGUCAUUCCGUGAACCAGAAAUAGACAGUAGUAGUACCGCCACCCUGGGACGAUCCCAUAAACUUAUGGGCGUGAAUAGUUUGACAAGGAGACCCAACAGAGUUUCAUUGCGAUCUGACGCUCAUACUUCGAGUGUCGAAGGCGGUCUAGAUUCUGAUUUAGAGAGUCAAGCUAUGAGAAUCGUACGCACUGUGGGCCAGGCCUUCGAGGUGUGCCACAAGAUGCAGACCAACACUCCAGAGCAGCCUAUACCUUCGACCUCCUCAGUGAUGGACGAGCCUGUAUCCGUAGCCCAGGGCAGCGAAGCACCACCUUCCAAAGAAGUGGCAUCGGAAUGUGGUGCAUCAGAAUCGGGAGUACCCUCCACGUCGAAGGCAGCUGAGGAGGGGGCAGUGGGAGGGGAGGACCCCGCCAGGCCGACACACUUGGAGCUGCUUCCACCGCCACCCAGGAAAGAUGGGAAACGAUCCCCUCAGCGCGGCGUUCCAGCGGCCAGUGUUAAUUUGCCCGAUCUCCCUGAGUGCGUGACUAAAGUGGAGGUGACAGUGAACGGGGAGCCUGCUGACGCCGCGACACCGCUGAGCGCGCAGCACCAGCUGCAGCUGUUGCGCGAGCGCCUGGAGCAACAAGCGCAACAAACUCGCGCCGCGGUCGCGCAACUGUUGCUGCUGCGCGACCAGCUCGCUGCUGAGCAAGCAGCGCGGUGCGAGGCUCAGGCAAGGACGCACCAGCUCCUGAUACACAACAAGGAGCUUCUGGAGCACAUCGCGGCUCUGGUGGCCCACCUUCAGGAGCGAGAACGAGGAUCUUCCCGGCCCAUCAGCGCCCAACAGCUUACGCUCUUGCCACAGACCUUGGGAAUAACGGAAAGUGGACAAACUGAACCUAACUGCAAUGGAAAUCUGCAGCUUAAUAGAGCGGACUCCUUCAUCAAUCUCAUUACUAAUACAAAUAAAAAAACGCAAAAUGCAGAAAACAACAAUGUGCGGCUAUCACCAUUUUGCAUCACUCCUACAGAGGGUCCAGCAAAUGGGGCCAACUCCGCUCCCUACUUCGGCGGUAUGACUAACGAGCAAAUUCAAAAUUAUCUAAUAUCCAAAUUUCAAGAUAUGGGUGGUUUCCCCAACGGGGCUGCUGAAAUGAAAAUGAACCCGAAUCCACAAUUCUUCCAGAAUUGCAAAGCGUUUCCAAACAUACCACCACUGACGAAUCACUACAGCAACUCCGAUCUCGAUAGCCUAUUGAACCACCAGACUUUCAAAGACAGAUGCAACUCAUCCGACGAGUUAGCAACGUUAGCUCAAGCGAUGAGCGUAAGUCACUCAGAUAACUCACUGUUCAGCAACAGUCAACCGACCACUUCAAAAAAUUCAACUCCGGAUGACUAUAGUUCAGACGAUGGUGUUCCAUUCAUAAUGCCCCUUUCACAUAAUGGAACACUAACUGCGACUGGAGAAGACGGGCGAGUGAGACUGAUAGUACCAGUGAGCCCGUCCGAGAGCGCCUCGGACGUUGCGGACUCCAAGACUGAGAUCCCGUCCACGUCGGGGACAAACCUGAAGGUGCCCCAGUUGUUAGCCCCGGCCGCGCCCAUCACGCGCACCACCAGUGAGAAGGUACCGAACCGGAGCGAGAUGAUGGCCGCUAUGAGGUCCCAGUGGACGAGGCACACUACGAAGUAGACGAAUUUAUAUUUAGGAAUAAAUUCAAGUUACCUUUUAGCUAACCUGAAGAUUCAUUGCUUACUGUCUUAGGUUUUUUAAUUUACGUUAUAUUUUCUACAAUUUUAUAGAUAAUAUAGAUCAUUGAAUUUCUAAAAGACCCUAAUGCUUUUUAAUUAUUGCAGUGCCAGUUUUUGGCUAUACAAACAUUUUAGGGAUUGAGACUAGAAAGACGGUGCCAAGAAAUUGUGUCUACCAAAGAGAAAACCAUGAUAUUAAAGAUAAAUUUAUAUUUAGUCUGUUUCUUGCAUAUCAAAAUGUAUCUGCUUAUGCUGAUGAAGCAUAGAAUCUUCAUCUGGUGGAAGUAUAAAUCAUAUUUUAAUAUCCAUAAACAUAUCUACUGCCAUAUCCAAAUUAAUAUAGGGUUUAGUUUUAUGACCCAUUUGGUUACGGUAUAAAGUGCAAGACCCUGCGAUAUUUAUGCUUCGAUAAACCAUAAAAAUGUUAUAAUAUUGUAUUAUGUUGGAUAAUAAUAAUAAUGAUAUUUUAUUCACUAUACUACUUCUAGAUUUGCGAUAAAUAACGUACGUACCUUUUAUGGUUAAAGGUACCUACUUAGCUUAAUGUCAAGCCAUAUCUUGGAUAAAUAGUCAAGAAAUAAUAUUUGGUAGCAGUGUUAACAUAAAUAUAUUACAAUGUGUAGUCAAGAACUCUGGCCCUUGUUAGUAAAACUGGUUAUUAUGAGAAUUAUGCAUAGGUAGGUAUUCAUUCCUUGGACACAAUUUAAUAAAUCUAUUGAUGUGUUAAAAACAUACUUAUUAUCUUAAGGAAUAUUUAAUAAUUAAAGAUUUGCCAAAGUUGAAGUAUAUAUGAAUGUUUAUCAAAUUAACUAUUACUAUGGACCAAAGCAACAUAGUUUUGGUUACAAAUAUUUUAGUAGAAAAUGUGACUAAGGAUGUCUUUUGUGAUCUCAGAUGUGUAAACAAAUGUGUAUUGGCAAACAUAGUUCUGUCAGUUACAUUCUAUUCGAGUCAAUUUUAUCAAUGAUUUUUGCUGAAGUUUUAUGUAGCCUAUCUCUUUACAAUUUUUAAGUUAUAAAAUAUGAAACAGAAAUUUUCUAUUUAGCUUCUGCAAUGCUUUCUAAAUGCUAUUCAUUUAAGAAUUAUAUACGAAACUCAAUGAAUGGCAUCCAAUAUGUGUGUGAUUACUUGAAAAUUAUAAUAUAUUACUUGAAAUUUAAAAUUAUAUUGAUAAUAUUUUGAAAUAAUGUUAAUGCAGCCAGUAUUACUAUUAUCAAAUAGUUAAUUUAAACGUUAAUGUUGUUCGAUUAUAAACAUGUUUUAAAAGUACCCAACACUAACGCCUCUUGUAGAUUAAGUGGUAUACCUAUUCAUCAUAUCAUAUCAGUAGUUACAUUGAGAUUUUUAAAAGCUCUCAUAGAAACUAAGAAUUUCAUCAAACUAUGAGUGAUUUAGCGAAUUUGAAUAAAAUUAUAAAAGUGCUACAAAGAUCAAUCCUAAGUACAAGUUGCAUCAUAAUAGUAGACAGGUUCUUCUAAGCUUAAUCUCUUAGCCACGAUUGAGAGCCACAUUUCAAUGAUAAACCUUUUCAUUUUCUUUGUAUAUAUGUAACUAUAUUUUUUUAUAUCCUGGUCUAUAAAAUAAAAUCUAAUCAAAUGUAAUAAUUGUAGCACAUAGUUCAAUAGCAACCCCACGUCGUUUCAGCCGAUUUUUAGAAAUCAGAUAAAUAAUCAUGUUUUAAAUAUAGCUAAUUCCAAAAAUUAUCGGUGUCUAUAGUAAUAAAUAGUUUUAACGAUUAACUGUAUUGAAAAGUUCAUAUUUCAGAAAUUAUUGAUGUGUUCACGUUACGAUGAUGGAUCACUUAUUUAAAGACAAACAUAAAUUCGUACGUUAAGUACGAAAAUAUUAUUAUAUUAAUCAUGUUCUGAUUAUAUAAUAUUUACAAUAUGGCGUUGGUGUUCGUAUUUAUGUAUUAGUUAUUCCAUAGAUAACAAAAUAUUGAUCAACAAUAUAAUAGAUGUCAAUCUGUAGUUCAAGAUAAUUAUAACUCAUUUACUUACUCGAUAUUAUAAUAAUAAAUGUUUAGAUUUCAAAUAAUUGCAAUUUUCAAUCUGUUGUUUAGCAUCCUUUCAAUAAUGUUCCAUAGUACAAUUCUGAAUGUAAUAUCCAUAAUCAAAAAUAUAUUCUUCAAGCAUUUGUUCAAUAAAGAUAAAAUUGUAAUGUUUAGUGUCGUAUUAUUUGCUUACGCGAUAGAAAAUAACCUUUAAAAAAUGCUUUUCUUUUCAUCCAAAGUCAUACAUAUUGCUAUUUUUCAAUUAUUUUACUAUGACCUUGAACAUUGUACUCAGUAUGAUGAAUAGGCGUUGAGGCUUAAGAAAAAUGUCCAGAUGGGUAGAUAUAAAAUCAAGGUGCGAAACUCUGUGAGAUGUGUGUUGACCAACUUAUUUAGUAGCUUUGAGUACAUAAGUAACCGAAAAUAUUAGAAACAAAUAUUAUAUUUUCAUUUUUGAAUCCAGUAGGUACUCAUUGAUAGGGCUAAAGUAUUAGGUAGGUCCAUACAGUGUUUUUUUAUGAAAUAUAGAUACAUGAGCUGUUUUUUUUUCAAAAUCUUGAAUGGGUAUUACAAACUUACUAAACUUUAGAGACUUUUCAAAAUAACCAACUUUACGCUUUCAGUGAUGUCGCUAUGAUCAAUGAUAAUUUUAAGGCCAAUAAUAGAUACACACAUUUUUGAAUUGUAUUGAUGUGCCAUUCAAAUUAAAGGCUCCUGACCUCCAAUUUCCAAAUGGAGAGAGGCUUAACAGGACUUAGCGCGUUUUCCUUGUCACAGCAUUCCUAAUUGGCCGUUUUUUUAUGUAACCCACGCAAAGUUUGGAAUAAUGAAGGCAUAUUGAAAUUGAUUUUCUGAGAAACAUUACAAAGUAAAGAUUAUAAUCAAUUUGUAUAUUUUAUUUUUACCUCUUGUUGGAUUUUAGGAGGCUAAUAUUAUGUUCAUGAACUCGUGAGAUAAAAUGAGAUGAGAAUUUUUUUUAUUCACACGGUUGGGUCACCACACCACCAAACUGCUGAGAAUGUAAGUAGAUGUAUAAAUAAUUAACAUCCAAAGUGUAUAAAUUCAAAAUCGAUUAGAGUGAUUUGUAAUUUAUUGACCUGAAUGUCGAAGUUACAGUUUUCCAAUGUAGUCACAGUUUACUGAACCGAAAACAGUGCUACCAAAAUUAAAUUGUACCUAGUCAAUUUUGACUAGGUACAUUGUGCAAUGAAACAUUUUUUAUUCUUUCUAAUAAAAUCCUUUAUUUAGUAUGGCGUAAUUUGUCAAGAUUGUAUUCAUGGCUGUGGCGCCAGAAGCCCGGGUCCACGUAAAAAAUAAACCUUUAAAAUUUGAAGAUUCUGCUCUGAUUUUAUGCAUGAUGAUAGGAUGAGUUUAUUCAUUUCUUACCACCUCUCGCUGUUCUUGUAAUAAAUAGGACUACGAACAAGGACUGAUGCUUAAGAAAAAUUUUGUUUCAUCCGUGUAUAGCAUACUUAUAUUUUAAAAUCAAAAUGCAUGAUUUUUGGGGAGGCCUUUGCCAGGUUAUGAGACACUUGAUUCAUAAUAAUAAUAAAAAACUUUAGUCUUAUAAAUCAAUAAAUAUACCUACCUAUAUACCUUAUCUUACCCACGGUCGAGGAAAACAAUCGCUUUUUCUAAAUUGAUCCCUAUAGAAUACAUAUGUAUGGGCUAAAACGUAUGGCCUCACUCACAAAAUGUAUGCUCACACUCCUGAGCACUUGUUUUAACAUAUCAUACGCAUAUACUCUAUAAACUAUAGAUUGAUUAGUAAAUGUAUUUGUGAUGUUCACGCUCGAUUAUAGUUUUUAAAAAAGUGAGGUUGAGAAAAUCCUUACCAAAAAUUGUUAGCUAAUGUCGUAUUCUAAUGACAGCUUUUGCUUUAUCCAGUAUCCUAGAAAAUUUCCAUUGUUCAGAAAUCUAAAAAUAAUAUACUAUAUUCAAUAAUAUAUAUGUAAUAAAGUGGAGGACAGGAAACAGGAAUGGAGGACGUAUAUAAUUGUUUUAUAUAUUAAUGUUUGCUACGUAAAAGAUAAAUAUGGAGAAAAAUAAAGUUUAUAAAAUAAUAAUACGUGUAUGUAUGUGUACCUAUGUAAAUAAAAUAAGUUCACAGAAUACCUACUUGUCAAAAUUUGAACACCGAUAUGUCACUGUUUUUCGCGCGCCGUCAGAUCAUAGUAGUAUAAUUCCAUAAUCUGGGAUGGAAUACUACUAUUAUUCCAUCCCAGAUUAUGGAAUUAUUCCUGAUUCAAGAAAGAUAAUAGGGCAUAUUACGCAAACCUCAGCGUAGAUGGCGCUACUGGUACAACUAGGGUUAACAAACAUUGCCUUGGAGGCAAAAAGCGCCAAUUUAAAAUACAACUAAAAUACCUUCCUCGCAAUCGCGGCGCGUGUUUAAAAGAAUACAAGAAGGAUUUAGUGGAUUAUUGAAUAGGCUUUCAGAACACAAACUGUAUUGUAAAACACGGUACCUUUAUUUGUGGGAUUGGGAUAUGUAUAUUAUUUUCGACCACCACUUCUUCAACAUAAUCAAUUAACCACUUCUACCCAAAACCUAUUUAAAUCCAAAACAUAAACACAAUAAACCGUCUAUAGGGUUAACUUCACAUACGACGACACAUUUUUUUUACCGGCUCAAAAUGUUGCAGCUUAUGGCAGUUUCCCAUAGUUUUCGAAGUUUUUUAUCUUUUGGAAAAUGAUUUUCCAAUAUUUUGGAACCUUAUUAUGUAACGUUGUUAUAAAUUUUCACAAACAAAUGCUUACAUAAUGAGGAUUUAAUAAAGUACUCUAACAUAAACGUUUUAAUCGACUUAGAAAAAGGCGACACUCUGGCGGUAUACAUGCGUAGUAAUAUUAAUUUUAUAAAUAGAAUCCUUUCCCUAUGUGUUAGACCUCUUACGAAGAGAAUAAAAGAAUGUGAAUUUAAAAAAAAAUAACUUGACGGCCUGCACCAUAGAUAAAUAUAUUUCUUUUAUCUAUGAUCUGCACUCAUUACUUGUGGGUUGCAUUAUUUAUAACAAUAAGAUAUACGAUAUUCAGUUUGCUAAUAAUAACAUCUACUUCGAGAAGUUAGAUGAUAUCAAGUUAAAUUAAAAGGUUGUAUUUAAUGGCAUUUCUUAUUGUAA